CGAUACGCUGUGGCUGUUUAUUAUACUUAUGUGAUCGUGUAUCUAAUGUAGCUUGAUGUACUGUUGAUACACUAUAUGUACGACGAGAUGUUAUCUGAUCUGAUCUCGGUCUAAUACUUACAUAUGAUGUACGAAUACUCCGGGGCUUAAGGUUAGCGAAAGCGGGUACAUAAGCUACCUUACCUAGGUAAGUACAUGUACGGAUUACCAGUACCCGGUACUUUGGAACCCUUUUUUUAUUUUAUAGUUUCUCUGCCGAGGCACGAGUAUUCUCUGACGUUGGCUCGGCUUUCUAUUGCCGACUCUAACUUGCUUCUUUCUCGAUAAAGCUAAUUCCCUCGUGUGACUGUUUGCCUUUUUUCUUCUUUUUCGGUUGUUGCUGCUAUAUCCAUCUACGGUACCUCGGACUUCCGCCGCUGCGUUGAGCGUGUAACUUGGGCGCAAAGACGUCGACAUUUUGGGGAUCUGAGCUUGUCUACCUAGACAACAGGUAGCUAGCUAUCGUGUAAUUCUACCGAGUGCGCGAAUUUGCGCAAACAGGACAAUUUACCCCCCCCCCCCCCCUCUCGACUUAUUCGAUAGGUAACCCGGAUAGUCUCAGGAUAAGCUGGACCGCAUUGUUGGUAGACGGGAUAAACCGAAAUAAAAUCAAGCGCUGUCAUCAUGUCGUCGAACGACAAGCAUACCGGCAUCAACGAGAAGCUGCACUCGUCGCUCCCGGCCCAAGUCGCCGAUCACCUGCCGCAUAUCCCCGAGACCAAAGAAGAGCUCAAGACGGAGCUGAAAGUCGAGGCGCAAGCUGCCGCGUCCAGCUUCUCGUCGCAGCUGCGGUCCUUUGCUGCCGGGGGGUUCGGCGGUGUAUGCGCCGUCGUCGUUGGCCAUCCGUUCGAUUUGGUUAAGGUGCGCUUGCAGACUGCGGAUAAGGGCGUGUACUCUUCGGCUAUUGAUGUCGUGAGGAAGAGCGUUGCUCGGGAUGGGUUGAAAAGGGGGUUGUAUGCUGGUGUGAGUGCGCCGUUGGUCGGUGUUACGCCUAUGUUCGCCGUAUCCUUCUGGGGCUACGACCUCGGCAAGCAAAUCGUAACAUCCUUCUCCCCCCCAUCCCCCACCGGCGCCCUAUCCAUCGGCCAGAUCAGCGCAGCGGGCUUCUUCUCCGCGAUCCCCAUGACCGCCAUCACCGCGCCCUUCGAGCGCGUCAAGGUCAUCCUGCAAGUCCAAGGCCAGCGCCUGAAACCCGGCGAAGAGCCCAAGUACAAAGGCGGCGUAGACGUCGUGCGCCAGCUCUACCGCGAAGGCGGCGUGCGCUCCGUCUUCCGUGGCAGCGCGGCUACGCUUGCCCGCGACGGCCCUGGGUCUGCCGCUUACUUUGCCGCGUACGAGUAUAUCAAGCGCCGUCUGACGCCGCGCGAUCCGGCGACUGGGAAACCCAGCGGCGAGUUGAGUCUGAUGGCUAUUACGGCGGCGGGAGGCGCGGCGGGCGUGGCUAUGUGGAUCCCUGUGUUCCCCGUUGACACUGUCAAGAGUCGGCUGCAGACUGCCGAAGGCAACGUGACUAUCGGUGGUGUUAUUCGGGAGUUGUAUGGAAGGGGUGGUGUCAAGGCCUUCUUCCCGGGUUUCGGGCCGGCGCUCGCGAGGGCGGUGCCGGCUAACGCGGCCACGUUUUUGGGCGUCGAGUUGGCGCAUCAAGCUAUGAGGAAGGCGUUUGGUUGAGAGAGAGGGCGACCCAGUCUCAUGACGCAUGGACCAUUCGACCUCAUUGAGGAAGGUCAUUGAAGAGGAUGAGGUGGAUAUCUCAUGGUAUUGUCUAAUUCACGAGGGUGAGUUAGGAGAAGCCAUUGAACCAUUAGGACGAGAAGAGAGUCUUCCGCCAUAGCUUUCGGCGACAACAGGAGCAUAGACGAGACGUUUUAGAUCGGAUCUCGUCGUAUAGAAGGAAAGUUAUCCACGUACGAGCAUUAGCAGUAUGGAACUGAACUGCAUAUCCAAGGCGUUUGUAUAUAAGGGGGGUGGAUCGUCGAUGGAUUCAGUAUUGUCUAGAUCAUGUUAACCUAGGUAGACAUGUCGCCCCUAUGGCUAGAAAUGAGAUUUUCAAAUUUAAGACAAUGUUAUACCUAGGUAGUUCUACACAUACAUACAUAAAUAUUGCAAAGGGGUCCCGGGUGCGGCGAGCUUA